UGGAACAGCUGCAAGUGGGGAUGCUGCAGAGCUCUGCAGGAUGAGCCCUGCUUCUAAUAGAGAUUGCUCUAGGAGCACUUAGUGUCUUUCUGAGGACUGCCUUUGACACAGAGGCCUCUCUGUAAUAAUGAAAUCAUCAUUAUGGAUAAAUAUGACAUCAGUAACACACUUUUUAAUGUGUUUUUGUUAUGCAUCUUUGGAGUUUCUCAGCCUGAAGGAGCCUGGUGAGCAGAGUGUCACUGUGUGGCCAAUGAGCUGUCUGUGGAAUAGCUGCAGUCUCCAUACCUGCAUCUCCACUGAAAAUAGUCUGGGAACUUCUGCCUUAAUGGAACUUCAGACCACACACCUAGCGAAGGGAAAUGUUAUAAAAAACUGUCAGCCAAGUGUACAGUCUAGUUAUCUUGUGCUAUUGCAUCUUGCAAGUGUAAUUGAAACCCAUCAUCAGAGAAGAUCAUCUUUUGCUGGUUUUACAUGUAAGGAACAACUUGCUCCAGGGUACAUGAACAAGUCCCUUAAGAAUAUAGAGAGAAAAACAGAGCUGGCCCAGUGGAUGGAGAAGAUGGGAUUUACAGUGACAGAACUCACGGAGCACCGGUUUCCCAACUUCCCACCAGCACCUCAGACACAGGUUUGCAUCCUGGCUUGUGAUGCUUCCAGCUUCAUAACCUCUGCUCUGGAUGGCACUUCCCAUCCCCAGCACAGGCCUUCAGAUGUUUCUGUCAGUGUAGCCCCCAUUACGUUUUUGCCAGUGUAG